AUGCUUCACGACGAGGACAACAGCGAGCUGGACGACACUCACCUCUGCAUAAAGUGUGGCACCACCGUGGAGGGAAUUGAGAAUUACAUCAAGCACCGUAAAGUGAACUGCAGCCAGACGCAGCAAAGCCCAAAGUCCGCGGUGGUACCAUCGGUCACCAGCGGACGCCCGGAACCGGAACGAGCGGACCCAGAGCCGACAGGAGCGGAGGAACUACGCGUGACGACAGUGCCGCCGUCGUCCUAUGGGACGUUUGACUUCAGCGAAGCGAUCAAGGAACCGGACCACCACAAGAAAGUGCCCAGCAGUGCCUAUGACUAUCAUAACUACGAGCUGCAGCCGCAGCCACAUCACCAUCAUCAUCAUCACGACCACGACGAGGACCACCAGCACCAACAGCAGCAUCAGCAGCAGCAGCAGCAGGAUGAACCGGAACACCCCGGAGCCGGAGCUGACGGUAAAACGGCCGACUACAAGAACGAGGUGAAUUACGAGUACGAGCUGGGAGCGGAUCUGUUCUUUUCGUCGCUGGAGCUGCAGAGCAGCAGCAAGAAGUCGGAGAGAGCCCCCGGUAGCGCGACUGGCCCGAAACGGCAAGUGCGGCUUCGCAAGCCCCCCGGCUCCGUGUCCGACACCCAGCAGCAGCAACUACCAGACGACUGGCUGGCGACAUCGGCGAGCUCGUCCGAUAAGCUUAUGAAAGCUGUCAGCGAUAUCAGCGGGCACAAGAAGCCGAUGGACCUGUACCCGAUAUUCCAUCAGGAAUCGCCCGAACCACCGACGGACGACGACGAAGCGGUAAGCGAGGAAGAGGACGACGACGAUGAGGAUGCACCGCCUCGGACCCACACCGGUGGCAAGUGGAAGCCGGAGAACCGGCCGUCGGGAAGCUUGCUCCAGCGGAGCGCCCACCACUGGCGUCACCAGUGGUUACACCCUGAACCCGACGAACCGGAGACGACAAGCUGCAAGAGCUUCUCGCCGCCACCACCCGGCCACACCAAGGGCAAGUGGGUUCCGGGUUCGAAGCAAACGCCCCGACUUGAGGAGAAACCGCGAGUCCAGGUGGGCCAGUACGAGGACCAAUGCUGGUGCAGUAUCUGUAACCGGCGGUUGGCGUCGCGAGCGGUGUACGAACGGCACCUCAAGAGCCAGCUACAUCUCAAGCGGGCCCAGGAGGAAUCGGAACUGGAACGCACCGCCGUCCGGCCACUCUACUCGGCCGAGCAACUGUCGAAGCAGCUCCAGGAGUCACGCCAGCAAUCGAGUUCCCAAGCCGACCAAUUAUCGCGACGGACCCCGGCGGAGGGUGCGAAGGCGAAGCGAAAGCGCAAGUGUUACUACGCCAAAUGUGGCGUCUGCAAGACCCGACUCCCGACGCACCUGCUCGGGAAGCACCUGAUCUCGCGGUACCACUACCGCCGGAUGCAGAACCACCCGCAGCAGUGCUGGGAGCUGGUGCUGCGGAACAUGCACCGCAUCGUGCUGCAGUCCCCGUUCCAGUGUCAACCCUGCCGGUUCUACGCCAACACCGAGCCCCACUUCAUGCGCCACUGGACGUCGGACGAGCAUCGGGACACCGUGGGAGCGCCCGACGGCAAGUUCUGGUGUAGCUUCUGCAAGUUCGAGUGCGACGGAAACCAGCAGAUGACCGAGCAUCUCCUGGGAGCGGGCCACCGCGAGCUGAUCGCCGUCAUCAACCGGUCCGUCCCGAUCAUCAUCCGACGGCUGGCCGACAUCCGGUGUGCGUGCUGCGGGCUCCAGUUUCGCUACAACGCCGAGUUGCGACGCCACCAGCGACUCCACUGUUCGGCGACUGGGCCCGAGCAGGCCGCCCAGGUGUGUAGCCGGGUCCAGAACACUUUCGUGUGCGAGCUGUGCGGGGCUUCCUUCCCGGACCGUAUCCGGUUGCUGCAGCACGGCCAAAAGCUGCAUCGGCUGGCGCACUACUACUGCUCGAUCUGUGAGUGCUCCUUCGGGACGGCCCGGGAGUCGCUGCGUCACCGUCGGACCACGCGCCACAAGACGAUGUCGGCACGGCGACGCCAAAAGGGCCAGCGGACACCGAAGGGGUGCUCCGUUUGUAAGGUGCAGUUGGCGGACAUUCUGGAGCUGAAGCAACACAUGCACGAAGCGCAUCCGGACGUGAAGUACAGCUGUCCCGGAUGUGGCGAGUGUUUCGUCCUGGCGCAAGAACUUGGCCGACACGUACGUGACAAAAAUUGUACAUUUUUCAAUUCCUCCACAUCGUCGGCCACAGCCACGCCACGGCCGGCCACAAUCGAUUCGGCGGCCACGACUCAUCAGCCUGCGGCCGGCGACGGUGCACUUCCGGUGGUCGCACGGACACCGGCAACUUUACCAGCGUCGCCGUCAUCAGCGUCGUCAUCAUCAGCAACCCGGUCGCAUCUUCCGGUCACAAAUUCAAUUAUCUCGAAUGAUUCAAUUAAAGUAAAUAUGAAUGAUCGUAAACUAGGCAAGGAGCCCCAUCUGUAUUCUUCUUCGGCGUCCGACCAACAGCAGCCGGUGCCGGUCCGGGCCCCGGUGGCAGGCGAGCCGGGCCCAGCUGAUGAGCCUCGCAGCAAAGCAACAACUCCGGCACCGCCAUCGAAUUCGGAUUGCGAUAAUACCCCGGAUGUCGCCGGAGCACGCGGCAGCCCACCAGCGACCGGGCCGGCGGCGUCAGCAGAAAUCUUCCUCACGAUGGCGGCUAAUAUUGCGUCCGAGAAUAAUACUGUUUACGUUGAUGAAAUUGUUGGCACCAUCGCCCCGGACGGUUCGCUCGUUUGCUGGCAAUGUAAAAUAUGCCCAUUCAGCACAUCAUCGCAGGCCGAAUUUCUGUUUCACGAAAUUUUGCACUCAUCAAAGUUGGAUGACAAAGCAAAGUCGUCACGGCGCGCACCGCCCCCGAAGCUCGUCUGUCCCCUGUGCGGCCGGCCGUUCUCGAAGGCUUCGCUCCGGUGCCACCUGCGUCAGCACACCAACGAGCGGCUCUUCCCGUGCCCGCACUGCCCGAUGGCGUUCACGCGCAAAACCAACCUCAAAAGUCACACCGAUAACAUUCACCGGAAGCCACCCAUCGGUCCCACCGAUCCUGGCGGCCCGGUGGAGGACCCGGCGACGCGGCACAUUUGUACCACUUGCGGAAAAACGUUCGCCAAUCGCCACAUAAUGCUGCAGCACAGCAAAGUCCAUCAUCAGCAGAGAUCCAUCAAGCAGUUUGCCUGCCAGCACGAGGGUUGCCACUAUCUGGCCGGCACCGCGGCCAUGGCCCGCCGCCACCAGCUGGUCCACUCGGACCAGCGCCACUUUGCCUGCGGCGAAGGCGGUUGCGAUUAUCGAGGGAAAACGUUGGCCUCACUGCGACGCCACGCACUUCGUCACGAGGACACGGACAAGAAGUACAAGUGCGAUCAGUGUGAGUUUGCGUGCCGCCUUCCUGGGUCCUUGAAACGGCACCUUCUGGUGCACUCGGGGCAAAAACCGUUCUCCUGUCCGCACUGCGAUUACACCUGCAACGCCAUCGAAAACUUGCGCAAGCAUGUCAUUUCGACGGCGAGACAUCUGGGACGAUUCCUCUACGAGUGCAAAAUCUGUGCGCACGAAGCUGCCGAAGGUGCGUAUGGAACCAACUUUCAGAAGGAAUAUAAAACGCAUCUUCAAGAGUGUCACAAAAUGGUGGCCGAGCAAGUCGAAGAAAUGGUAAAGCUGUGA